AGCUGCGCAGUGGGAGUCAGCUGACAGUUGUGAUGAACCAGCGGGUGUAACGUCUCCACUGAAGAGACCCUGAACGGAGGAGGAAAAAAAAAGAAAACCUCCCUCCGUCUCCUCCAACUCCACCGGCCGAGGAGAACCGGACCGCCGCUACCCCUCCGGACACCCAGCCACGUCCUCCCGCCUUCCGCAGGGAUGAGUGUCGGCGCUCCGAGAGGCCUGGCCAGCUCGGGGCAGAAGCCCAUCACGGAGAUCCUCCACCCGCUGUCCGCCGCCGAGGAGACGCUCUCCUCGGGGCCAGAUGUCACCGUGAACGUCGGAGGGGACCAGGAGUCGGGGCUGACCAACGGCACGCCGGUCGAGACGUCGAGUCCCGCCUCGGCGUCGUUGCUGUUCAACCGGCUGCAGCUGGACGACGACUCGGAAGCAGACGCUCGAGACCCCUACGCCUCCACGGAAACCCGCGACCUGUUCGUCACGGUCGACGACCCAAAGAAGCACGUGUCCACCAUGGAGACGUACAUCACCUACAGAGUCUCCACCAAGACGACACGGAUAGAGUUCGACCUGCCCGAGUACUGCGUGCGACGGCGCUACCAGGACUUCGACUGGCUCCGGAUCAAGUUGGAGGACAGCCAGCCGACCCACCUCAUCCCCCCACUGCCAGAGAAGUUUGUGAUGAAGGGCGUGGUGGACCGUUUUUCAGAGGAGUUCGUGGAGACGAGGAUGAAAGCUCUGGACAAGUUCUUGAAGCGGGUCGCCGACCACCCCGUCCUCUCCUUCAACCCGCAUCUAAACGCCUUCCUGUCGGCCAAGGACCUGAACAAGCGUCAGGGUCUGGCCCUGCUGACCAAAGUGGGCGAGUCGGUGAAGCACGUGGCCGGAGGCUACAAGCUGAGGGCGCGGCCGCCGGAGUUCUGCGCCAUGGGGGAAUACCUGGACACCUUCACCCAGAAGCUGGGAACCAUCGACCGCAUCGCCCAGAGGAUCCUCAAGGAGCAGUCAGAGUAUCUGACGGAGCUGCGAGAGUACGGCACCGUCUACUCCAGCUGGGCGGGGUCGGAGGAGGAGCUGCGGCGCCCCCUGGAGGGCGUCGCCGGCUGUGUGACGACGUGCUGCGGAGCGCUGGAGGACAUGAGUGAGAACAUGAGCCAGGACUUCCUGCCCGUGCUUAGAGAAUAUGUUCUCUACAUAGAGUCCAUGAAGAACGUUUUGAGGAAGCGAGACCAGAGCCAGGCGGAGUACGAGGGCCGCCUGGAAGCAGCCAUAUUACGCAAACAAGAGGACAGAACGCCCAUGCCGGUGGAGGUGGAGAAGUGCCAGGACAAGGUGGAGUGUUUCAACGCCGACCUGAAGGCCGACUGGGAGCGCUGGCAGAGCAACAAGAGGCAAGACUUCAAGCAGCUCCUCACCGGCAUGGCCGACAAAAACAUCAACCAUUACGAAAAGUGCCAGGCAGCGUGGGAGUCGCUCAUAACUCUCCUCCAGGAAAAACAGACUGAGGACAAAACGAGUGAGACGAACUGAAACACCUCCUCGUCCUUCUCUCACCCUCUCAUGCCAAGGAAAAAGAAGACCAAGCGGGCGGCAGGUUUCGACUGCUGGACUUUUGCCCCGGUUCUCCUGUGAGACGCCGAAGGAGGUAACGAACGGUGCGUUCAAGAGCAGCUGGGAAAGAGGAGAAACCUACUAUGUACAGACUUUUUGUUUUUGUUUUUUUUUUGCUGUUGUUCUUAUUGACUUUUUCUACGUCAUAUUUCCAAUUAACAGUCGGUUGCCAAUGCUGCUUGUCUUUAUUUAACCGCUGUCUCUCUGUUUUCUCAUCGAGCCAAAUGAGAGGAGUCACUGUUGCAGAAAACGUUUUGUUUUUUAUGAGCAUCCUAAGUUUUGUUCAGUAUUCGGAACAACCUCGAUAUCCUUCCUCCUGCCAGGUUGUUGACUAACACUAAAGCCUGCACUGAAGCAAGGCUCAUCAAAUCAUUUUUUAACCUCCAUCAUAUUGGCAGUAACAGGCCAACGUGUUGUACUUAAAGGACCAUACCUGCUGGUUUUGCAGGACUCUGUGGAUUCUGUUCAACCUGCCAUUACUGAUAUUUUCCAAGAGUUUUUUUCUGCAGCUGUUUUUGUGAAAGAAAAAAAAAAAGCGCUCGCCAAGACGUGAACGGUGCCGUGGCAUCUGAGCCUCAUGGCCACGUGUCUGAGCAGAAUAACGAGGAGGUGCAGCGACAGACAUCACAGCGAGGCGUCAGUGAAAGCCUCGCGUCGCUCUGCUAAAGGGAAACGUUCUCAGCUAGCGUCGGGAUAAACGGACAGGCUGCAUUCAACAAUGACGACACACGUCUGAGCUGAGUGCUGAGGUUCCUCUCAGAGCCGAGCACAAACACAGGAAGCAGGGCUGGCUGGUUGUUUCUGACAGAGCGGUGGCGCCACCUUGUGGUUAAGCUGUUGAUAGUUUUCUCUGAUGCUUUUCAAGCGGAGGUUGAACACAUGGCGCUACCUCUGUCCGUUUCUAUUCAUGUAACUUCAUUUUUUCGUACCAUCUCCAUGUGUACCUGCUCCAGGUUGGGGUUUACUUCGUCUUCUUCUAGCAAACGCGUUACCUCAGUCCAGGAUGUUGAACGGUGAAGGUCCAUCGGUACUCUGUCAGUUGUUCUCUUUAAACCCGUACAAACAUUUCAUAAACGGUUACCUGAUGUUUUUCCUGCAGUGGUUUGCCUUAGGAACACCCGUUUGUAGAAGCUUUCUGGAGGAACCAUGCAGCGUCGCUACACCUCACUAACAAGGUCUUGUUUUAGUUGUGAAAUGACCUGAAAGAACUUUUAUAAAAGGUCUUUGUUUGGAAAGUCCAACCAUCAGGUGAACAUCUGUCCACAUCGGAGCCGGUGACGCUGCCGCUGGCUCACAGGGAAACAAAACUCCUCUGACUUCUGGGAAAUUCCUGCCGUGUCCCGUAAACACCUGGAUCAAAGGAUGAAAGGGAGUCUGGUGAAUGAUCCACAUCCAGUCGGAGGGAUGCAGCUUUACUGUAAACGCUAAAGUCAGUAGCUUCAGGAGGUCGGAGCGACGCUGAACAUGACUCAGUUAUGAGGAAAGCAGUUUGACGUCGUGACCUCGUCGGCCGAGCGCUGACUCAAGGGAACAAACAUUCAGCCGGGCGGAGCAGCAGCAGCGUUUUUGCCUCAUUUCCUCGUGGCGGAUGUGGCCUUGCAUUAUUGCGACAACGCGUUCUGGUUUAUUGUUUGUGUCGCUGCGUUGUUCAGAGUUUGCUGAGAGGUCACCGUUAUUCAGCGUUUGUGGCUGAUGUGGUGAAUGUCUUUCCUCCGUCCUCGGCCGCCUGCUGCUUCGUUACACUCAGCAAAAAGUAGCAAAAAAGUCAAAAUGUUAAAAAAAAGAAACUUGACCAAUGAGAGCAGGGCAGACUCAGUCAUGUGACAUCCUCCCAGCACCACGUCGGUAAAGGUUUUAGACUUCUGUUGAUCCAAACGGGUCAGAAUUAUUUCUGUUGUUUCUUUGUUGUUAUUACAUUGAUUGUCAGGAUUUUCAGAAUAAAGGUGCUGAUUUAAUUUUUCUGUGCUUCUGUUUUCAAAACUAAAAAAUCUCCCGUAUUUGAGUUGUUUUAACGUCCGAUUGUUAUUUAUUUUUUACGUUGAUGCCACAUGACUACGUCUGCCUUCUGUGCAACCAAACGUAAGCGCUGCAGCUCAGCUCAGUGUCUGCCGACUGGUUUGACUUCUUUUUUCUUUUUUGUCUUUCGCGUUUUCCCUUUGAGCUUUAAAAGCAUGAAGCAGCUACUGUUUCUUCUCGUCGUGCCUGAAACCAACAAGGUCACACAUGAAGAAAUUCUUAUUGUUUUAAUUUAAAAGCUCUCCAGGUAGCUGUGAUCCAGUCCCGAGGCAGCUACGGUGGACUCGUCUACGGACGCGCUGAUGCUAAAAGAUGCUAAAAGGCUCAGUUGUGGCAGAAUACCAGAACAUUUAAACGCACCAUGAGGAGGGUCACGAGUGUUCAGGAGUCACAGAAACCGUCAGAGGAGUUGAUCAUAUUUCUAUUUAUAUCAUUUUUAUCUCCAGACUUUUGCUUUAGCUGAAAAAUUCCAGCAUGAUUCUGACGAUUUCCAACAUUUUACAACCUUUUCAUUGUUAUUAUACAAAACUCUAUGAUUAAGACAUUUUUAAAAAACUGUUUAUCCAAACCUCAGAGUAUUUGGACUCUGGUUCAGUUGGAAGCAGCACUGACAUGAACACGGCCGCCUGUCUAGUGUUUGACCGCUAGCGGUGCUGUAGGUCCUCAAUUUCUUUCCAUAUUUCCCAGAAAACUCCACAUUUCUUCUAUCUGAUUGUAAUAAUGAACAUUUCAGACUCUGCUGACUGUUUCUGACAGUCGUGAACCCAUGACUUCAUUUCUAGACGUUUCAACCAGCAGCUGAAUAAUACGACGACCUGAUGUAGUGAGGAAAUAGACACGAAGCAAACACAACACAAAUUAAAAAAAGAUCUGAUCAGAAACGUUUCUGUUGGUUUCCUGGACCCGAUUGGUUCUUGGUAUCUGUUCACAGCCGAACACUGUGACUGUUUGGUUCAUAAUGAGUCCAUCAGUGCGUCCGUCGACUGCAGUUUGGUGUAAAUGAAGGUUUUUCAGAUUACAGCUGAAUCAUAUAUAAACAUAUAUGUGGCACAGCUGAGUCUAGUUGUGUCCAAGAAACAGGAACCAUUGUUGGGUUCUGAUGAGUGGAUCGGAUCCAUGAGGGAGGAAGAUGUGCAUCAACAGUGUGAAUCUGGCAAAACCAAAAUAUGACCAAUAAAAACGUUAUCUUUAUGUUUGAUGCACAUCAGACCCCCGACAGCAGUCCUCUGGUGAGCGUGCUCUGUGUGCUCCUGAUCAUAGCCGUUGUGAAGCCCCGUCCUAUACUGUGUGCCUGCUGAUUUCAUUUGCACUAUAAAUGUAGCUCCAGCCGCGGCAGCAACGUUCGAUUUGCUUUCUUUCAGUUUCCAAAAAAACAACAACAACAAACUGUAAACCGGUGUUCAGUCGGUUGAGACCCGGUUUGUGUUUCGGUUUGCCGUCCGGUCAGGAGUUCUUCUUUCAUGUACAAAGCAAACGUUUGGAAGCCAAAUGUCUCCUCCUCCCGUCUUCCCCACGUCGAUUCACACAUGAAGAGAAACUCUGGAUCCGACCCGUACGAAGGCUCAGACGACUGAUGAACGUGUGAAUCCGUCUCUUUUUCUAACCUGCGUUCGUCCCCAGUGUGUACUGUUUACGUUCAGGAUCCUUAUUGUACAUUUUGUUGUAAUUAUAAAUAAGCUUGUAUAUUGAUGUUUUGAUGCAAUUUAUCUUUACCACAAAGGAGUUUUUUUUCGGAUAUAUUGGACCAAUAAUAAAGAGAACGAAUGCAUUUGA